CAAUAUAUUUGUAGUGCAGUGGCAGUCUGUCACUUACAAGACACAGAAUAGGUUUCUACAUCCAACAACCAAAAAUUUUAAGUUGCAGCAUGGAUCCACAGUCAAAAAUACUGCUCUGCUGGAUUUGCCUUCAAGUGAUCUUUGUCUCUGCUUUUUCGGAUGUGUGGAAGGCAGAAGUUGUCUCUCCAGUGGAGGCGCUGGUGUCAUCUUGUGUCGUGUUGCCCUGUAAGUUUAAUUACCCUGGCCUUCAACGUUCUGACUCUCGGCUGAAGGGAAUCUGGCACAAAGAUCCAAACAAAAAUGAGCGUAUCUAUGAUGAAGAUCCUUUCUUGAUUGAGGAUAACUUCAAGGGCCGCACAAAGCUAAUUGGCCGACUGGGUGAGAAAAACUGCUCGUUGGAGAUAGACGAAGUGAGAGACCACGACGAUGGCCCGUUCUGUUUCAGAGCUGAAAUCACAAAUAUAGAGAAAUUCUCUUUUGUGGAGAAGUGUGUGACCAUCAAUAUGAAGUCCGAACCUGACAAACCAAAUCUGGAUCACGAAGAAUCCUUCACAGAGGGAACAGCUGCUGUCUUUAAGUGUUACGUCAGACACACCUGUCCCACACACCACCCAACUAUUGAAUGGAAUCGUCAAGAUGCUAAACCUCGUUUGUCCUAUAAGGACAAUGGCUUUGGAGUUUGGGAGGUGGAGUCCCUCCUGACCUUCCCUGCCACAGAGAAGGACGAUCACACUGACAUCACCUGCACUGUCACAUUCCACGGCAACAAGAAAUCUGCAGUCACUCACAAGAUAUACAUAAAACGUAAACAAAAUUUCUUUCACAUUAUUAUUCCUGUGGCCGCUGUGCUCGGAACCAUCACUGUAUUUGGAUUGGCAUGUUUCUUCGUGACCAAGAGAUACAAGAAACAGAUCCAAGAGCUUCAAUCUAGAAAUCCAAAUGGGGUAUGGAGUCGUCUCUCCAGAAUGUCGCACAGGGUCAGGUCAGUGGGACGUAUAAGGACCACGGGAGACAGAGCCUGAUUCCCUCAAAACUAAUCUAAGUAGACUCAUCUGUUGCCUGUUUUUAUAUACGCGCUUGACCAGAAAAAAAUGUAAUUUUAAGAGGCAGGCUUAAUGUUUUUGGUAUGUUAGGUAUAAUAUUUGUUUGUAAAAUGCAAUUAAAUCUAUUAUUUGUGUGUGUAUGUGUGUGUGUCUGUGUGUGUGUGUGUG